CCCCACUAGCCCUCUAGUAAUUCCACUCCCUUCCAAAACCAUGCCUUUCGAAGCCGCCCAGAAACUCUCCUCGCACCAUCUAAUCCCUCAAUCCACUGACGUAUCCUUAAACCCCCCAGAAUCCUACUUCUUCAUUACCGAUUUCUUGAUAAUAUCAUGUGGGAUAUUGUAUACGCUCUGCUACAUCUUCUACACCAUUCGCACAUACAGCGACGGCUUCCUAGCCGGCACCGUGCAAUUCCUCAGCGCAACAAUGGCGUACGAAAUCUACUACGCGUAUGUGUGCACCACCACAACGUUCCAGCGCGCGUGCUUCUUCGUGUGGUUCUUAUUCGACAUUACGUUUGUGUCGGUGGCGCUGGCGUAUGCGUAUAAGUCUGGGGAGAGGGCGCGGACGAUUGUCAAGUUGCUGUGGCAGACGCCGGCGUGGAUGGUUUUUCUGUGGUGGGUGGGGGGAUUGUGGCCGGAUGAGAGGGAGCAGAAAACUGCGUUUUUUACGGGGUUGUAUCUUGAGUUGCCGAUUGGGUGGGGGCAGAUUUUGUAUUUGGCGACGAGGGGGGAUACGAAGGGGCAGUCGUUGGAGAUUUGGGUUACGAGAUAUCUUGGGUGCAUCACAGCGUUUUUGGUUUUCAUAUGGCGCUACGUUAAUGUGCCUGAGAAUUGGGCGUAUGUGGGAAACUGGUGGAGUAUUGGCGGUAUGAUUGUCACUUUACUGCCAGAGACAGUGUACCCAUUCUUUUACGUCUGGGCACACCACAAAGAGAGGGAGAAGAAGGAAAAGACUGCAUGAGGCACAAGACAAGGUAUGUCGAAAUGAAAUCGAAAUUUUCUAAGAUGUAUAAAGUUGUAGUCACUACAAAGUACCGUUCAUGAAUAU